AUGGCGAUUACGUCGGAGGCAACAAGUGUGGCUCGAAGAUAUGUAUCCUGGUACUGGUUUCCCACAAUAGGGUCCAUUGUAUGGAUCGGUACCCUCCUAGGACUUCUAGUCACGUGGAUAGCUGAAGGAAGUCCAUACUACGAAUCCAUGGGCCCCUCUGGUCAAACAAUUGCCUACAUAUCUGACAUUGGCGCCGACUUUCUCAAACCCCUGUUCAUCACUGGCAGCUCCAUAACAUCCGUUUGCUUUGUUCUAUCGCUCUUCGGUGCUAGAUGGUUACGCCACCGCGGCAGGCUUCUGCCGAAUACAUCGAUGACCCAGAGAGUGCUUAGCAUAGGCUCUAUCAUUGGAGCGGUCAUCGGAAGUAUUGGACUUAUCCUGUUGGCAGUGUUUGAUACCAAGAGGUAUACUACGCUUCAUAGGGUGUUUUUGGCGGUGUUUUGUAUAGGGGUUUUGAUUAGUGCUUUGGGUACUGUUUUGGAAUACUGGCGACUAGAGCGAAACCAUAGAACAUCCCGUGCUCUUACAAUAAGCAUGUGGACAAAAUUCGCCUUCUUUAUCGUUGAACUCGGUUUGGCAGUUACCUUUGGAGUCCUCAUGCGCCAUAGGAAACAUAACGCCGGUGCGAUCGUCGAAUGGGUCCUUGGAAUCCUAUUCACAGGCUACCUCCUUUCCUUUAAUUUGGAUCUCCUGCCCGCAACGAAAUCUUACCCUGGCCAAUUUAAGGAUAUGGAACUUACCCCUCCUGCUACACCCUACACUUAG